GGAGUCUGGAUUCAGUGUGGAUGAGCAGAGAUCAGAGCCGCACACCACAGACACUGCUGGACUCUAUAAACUCUCUGAAGAGAAAUCCAGACACACACAAGACUCCGAUCUCAGUCUGACUUUACUCUGUUAUACUGAGUCAAAGCACACAGACACUCAGGACACUACAGUGUGUGACAGUAAACAGAGCUUACAGGAGGAUCAAACCUUCACAGAGUCUCUGGAUUCUGUCUGUAACGCUGGAGAACAGCAGCAGAUCCUGAAGACCAAACUGAAGAUGUAUUCAGUUAAACUCAUCGACUGCACAAACCUCAUGAUGAAGAUUAAAACUGAACCAACAGAAAUCAAAACUGAACCCACAGAAAUCAAAACUGAACCCACAGAAAUCAAAACUGAACCCACAGAAAUCAAAACUGAACCAACAGAAGAGGAAGAUCGCCCUGAUGAAGAUGAUGACUUUAUUACAUCAGGUGUGAAGAGUGAUGCAUGUCUGGAUAUAGAAAUAACGUCCUCAACAUCAAAAGAGCGACUGACAGCACAAACUCUUUCCUGCAUCACCUGUGGAAAGACAUUCAGCUCACAGAGACAUUUAGAGAGACAUGAGAGAAAACACACAGAACAGAAACUCUUCACCAGAUCUGAGAUCAGCUUUACUACCUUACAAGAGAAGAAACUUCAUUCAGAAGACCACAGAGAGAAGAAGAAGAAGCAGUUUCACUGUGAGCAGUGUGGGAGGAUUUGUGUCUCUUCCUCUAAACUAAAUAUUCACAUGAGGACACACAGUGAUGAAAAGCCUUUCAACUGCACUGAAUGUGGAAAUUACUUUAGUACCAAACACAAUCUUAAAGUUCAUCAGAGAAUUCACACAGGAGAAAAACCUUACAAGUGUCCUCACUGUGAGAAGAGAUUUAGUUGUAAAAAUAAUCUGAAGAGACAUGUGCGUUCACACACCAAUGAGAGACCGUAUCAGUGCAGUGAAUGUGACAAAACCUUUAGUGAUUCAAGUUCAUUAAAAAAACACGAGUAUACUCACAUUAAAGAGAAACUCUAUCAGUGUUCACACUGUGAAAAAUGUUACGGUUAUAAAUAUCAGCUGAUUACCCAUCAGAUAGUUCACACUGGAGAGAAACCUUACGUCUGCACUCAUUGUGGAAAGAGCUUCACUAAUUCAACUAAUUUAAUAGUUCAUCAAAGAGUUCAUACUGGAGAGAAACCUUAUCACUGUAGUGUCUGUGGGAAGAGUUUUAGUCUAAAGUCUACCUUACUAAAGCACCAGACACUUCAUACAGGUGAAAAACCUUUCAAAUGCUCUCAGUGUGACAAGACUUUUGGUUAUUCAAGUAAUUUAAAAUACCAUCAGAGAGUUCAUACUGGAGAGAAACCUUAAAUGUACAGUAUGUAAGAAAUUUAUAUCAAUUAAUCAUAAAACAGCCCUGAUAUGUCACUAGACAUUAAUAAUUAAUUUUCAUUUCAAAUAUUUAUAUCACUGACAUCAGUGGCCUGGCAAGGAUAUUGUCAUUUAAAAAGUGGAGUUGCAGUCCUCAACUGAUGUUUAUGUUGUCAUUUUGCGUAUUGGCCACUAGUUGUGUGAUUGCAGUACCAGUUUUAGCCACAAUCCUACAUACUGUUCCUUUAACACUGUAAUGUUUGUGGGAAGAUUUUUAGUCAACAGUGAAACUAACUUAAAGGUCACGUUUUCCUAAUCCUAUUUUUUAAACCCUAGUUAGAGUGUAAUGUUGCUAUAACAGCAUAAAUAAUACUUGUAAAAUGAUAAAGCUCACUGCCAGGCGAUAUAUUUUCUUCAACAGAAUUCGCCUUUCAAAGCUACCAGCGAACGGCCGGUUUGGACUACAGACCUCUACUUCCUGUUUUAAUGACUACAAUAGAACAGUUUUUGACUAAACCCCGCCCACAGGAAUAUGUCAGUCGCCAGCUAAGCUAACGGCAAGCUAGUCAGCCUUUUAUGAGGACAGUGAAAACAGCACUAUACAGACAAGUAAAUUAUGUGACCUCUAAGCACAAGAGAUUCCAUACAGGUGAAAAACCCUUAAGUGUGACAAGACGUUUGCUCUGUCAAGUCAUUAGCUUUUACCAUUAAAAUCACUACAAAAUAUCUUCCUUUGAACUAAUUAAACGUCUGACCGAACGUUUAUCUCUUUUAAGAACUCAUUAAUUUUAUAUUGUGUGCUAUGUGAUUUUUCUAAUUGGUUUUAAAGUAUUUAUGUCAAGGGACCACAAUGUCAUUAAUUGUUCAU